AUGCAGGAAAGUGUCAUUCAAUCUCCAGACCUGCAAAUUUCACACCCUUGGAGAUUAUGUCUCAUAGCCUGUAUGUUUCCGAGCACCUCAACUUUUCUUGGUGUUGACCAUGAGGAGCUUGCCAUUCACAACAUUUCUGAUGAUGGUCUAGACAUUGAUGGAGACGACCUAGACCAUCAGGAGCCAGAUGACGAAGGCUCAGACUAUGACUAUACUGGGGUAGAAGAAGAAGUUUUAUUUGGCCAGGAGAAAAAUGGAAGCACGGAAUCUGUUGUGGAGGAGCUGGACAACAUGUUCAUUGAACAUGAGUUUGAUUAUGAACCCUAG